CUUUGUUGCAAACGACCACACCAAACCACCUAGCACCGCAACUGUAGCAAUCUUUACAAUGCAACCUUUCAAAAGCCAACGUCCACAAUUUCCAACCUUACAACCCAAAAUGCAAGCACACGAAGAUGCCUUGGCCCUACUCACGGGAAGUCCAGCAAAGGCCACUGUGACGGGAAUGGAGCAUCUCUUGAGUAUAUAUGGCGCCCAACAGAUCUGCGACCAAACACACGAGACGUGCGAUACAUCCCAGCGUAAGACGAUCUUGGAUGAACUCCUAGAUGUCUUACACCUGCGUGGUCGUUUGCAACAGAUGGAUGCUACAUUUACUGACAAUGGAGAGCUUCUCACCUACGGUAACCCAUACACAUCCUCGGAGUUCCGGACCAUGCUACGUCUCGGCCCCAUGUACGAAGAACAGUGGAACAGUCUCUUCAUCGAAAACUAUGAGCCUCCCGACCACGGAGAUGCAGACAGACAACUAUGGUCUGACCUACGUACUUUAAAGAGAGUUCUCCGGAAUGAGGGCAUCGUGUUUGGCCGCGAGCAUCAGCGCUAUUCGUUUGGUAACUCCAGCACAAAGCUUCGAAGGCUGUGCUGUGCGUAUGAUGAACUGCGAAUUGAAUGGUUGACAAUGAUGCGAUCGAGCUUCCCAGCACUUGAUGACAGACAACUGUACACCUUUCUUGGGGAAUCUUCUAGUGAUGAAGAUUCGGUAUCUGGCGACGAUGCGAAGCGAAAUAGAGAUAGAAUUGUGGUUAUAGAGGGCGUCCAGUCACGCAAUACGACUGGCCGGCCUCGCAUGCUGCGGCACCGAAGCAGCGGCGUUCCACAAGCCAUUGGCUGGCGUUUCAGUGACGAUUUCACGUCACCGCGCCACAAGAAUGAUAGGUGGAGGUUCAGCGACAACCUGGACUCUGUACCGGUGUGGGGACUCAUCGAACGUACUGACGCGGAAGAUUCCCAAGUCGUACCGCAGGCUGUCUCGAUGACAGUAAAUCACGACGCCAAAGAGGCCAGCGACUCACAAUUUGUCUCCAAAGCAGGGGCUUCACGACCGCCAAUUCCCCAAACCCUGAUGCUAUGCAGCCCAUCGCCAUUGCAACAUAUGAAAACCCAGCGCACGAUACCUCGAGCGGAGCCCAUGUCAAGCACGAGAGAAGAGAAUGUGGUCAACAAAAACACAAAGCCGAUUUGGGCGCGAGGUAUGAGCAAAAAUGAUGGAAAGACCAAGAAGUGGGGCAAAGUUCGCCGUUGGUUUCGACGUGCUUUCGGUCGCAAGUACGCCGCCGAUGUGAGGUAGUGGAACCUUAUCGUGUGCAGUAGGGAGUAAACUCAGACCAGUUCACUUCCUUCGUGCUCUAUUUCUUUGUUGUUCCUUCUUGGAGUGAACCAUGUUGCGGACAGUGGAGUGAAUGCGAGCGCUUACAUUACCGGUCCGGAUGAAGAUAGAUACAAACUUCGUGAACUCAGUGACUAUGUGUCUGCUUC